AUGGGCACCUUUCUGUGCAGGGUGGAGGUCUGUCCAGGCAGCGCCCUGGACCUGGCCUUCCCUGGGUCGCCGGUGGACGUCCAGGUUGGGUGCGGCGAACCUGAGGCCAUCUCCCUCUGCACAAAAGAUCUGGGAGGGGAUUCCUGUGUGCAGCAUGUGGUGCUGGACCUGGGACGCACCCGCCUCAGUGUGGCCCCGGCUGGCAGCGGGGCCUUACAUGGCAGCGUCGCUGCCAGCAUCCCUGCCAAGUACACCAGUGUUUCGAUCAUCACGCGAGGAAAAGCAACUUUGGAGGGUGUGAGCGAGGCAGCACUCAGUGUGCAGACCCAGGGCGGCGACAUGUCACUGGGCAAGGUGAAGGCCAGCUCGCUGACCGCGCGGAGCGGGGGAGGGAGGAUCUUCGGAUCCCUUGUGGGCCACACUGUGCGGAUUGAGAGCGAGGGUGGGAACGUGACCCUGGGAAAUCUGUCCGGCGAAGACGUCAGCGUGGCCACCCGGGGAGGGAGCGUGCAGGCAGCGGCUGCCUACGCUGCACAGCUGUCAGUCUCAUCAGUCGGUGCCGCGGCCGAACCCGCAGCCCCCGGGAUGGAGGGCGUGCCGGCAGAGGCCUUGGCGGGCAUCCAGCGGCUGCUGGCCGACAUGGGCACCUCCUUCCAGGGCCGGACCGACAACCCCACCGUGCAGAGUCUCCUGCGCCAAGUUCUGGCCCAGCUGCAGGGCCCCCAACCUCCACCGACUGAGUGA